AUGUCUUAUGAACAAGAAGACCAGCCUUGGUUUGUGUUGAAACCGAGCUCUGCCCCUGUCCCGCUCGAGGAUUCAUCCUACGAGAAAGACACGACGGCACUUUCUCGAUGCCAGCAAUGCGACAUUGAAAAAGGGUACCAGUCGCCAGAUGACGCCCUCGACCACUGGCACGAACACCAUGCCAACAGCGCAUGCCCCCAACGAGCCAAACAAGGCAGGCCCUUCGACGACCCUUGUUUCGUCCGGAUCUACCAAAUAGUCCUCGAUACCAACGACCGCCCGAGCAAUACAGGGCUCAGGAGCUCAGCGUUUGCAAGCAGUCUGGUCUUUCAAUCCGACAUGCAGGACUUGGUCGAGAGGGCAGAUGAACUGCACAAGAUGGUCACGAGCGUGGCUGGCUCGGACGACUUGGUCAAUCAAAACGGCAACAGACCCCAUCUCCCCAGCAGUCUGGUCGAGGCCUUUGAACGCAUCGUCAGCCUAUUUGUGCUGAAGGCCAAAGAGUUGUCCUGGCUGAACAGAUUUGCCCUCAAGUCCGACCCAACAUACGGCCGACAUGCCCAACGACGUUUAGAUCAACUCAGGAGAACCGGCGACGCUAUCUCGGAACAGGCCCGGGGUCUUCUAAGCCGCGCCAAAGAGGACAUCAUGUUGUUGGGCACCAGCAAGCGCGACGUGGAGAGGAUCGUCAUAGCACCCAUUGGGCCUGAAUUCCUCGCGAUGUCGCUGAUCAGCAACCUGCAGAACAACAUACUUAUCCGUGGGACCGACAAGCGAUUCGACCUCAUCAACCAUUACAGGAACCGCGCGGCCAGACUUCGGUUCGAAACCAACAGAAGACCCAAGAGAAAUGCAUUCGUGCAGAUCCACGCCCUCGAGGAGGAGCUGGAAGCUCUUCAGAUGGUGGUUGAUUCGCAGCAAGAGCUCUGGAGGGCCCACCACAAGCUCUUCUCCCCCCUGACUUUCAAAUGCCCGACCACCGAUUGGUUUUACUACCGAGAGAGAAAGUCAAUGUUCAGACUCGAGAGCAAAGGUGUCCGUAGGCAGCAAAGGCGGCUAGCUGAGCGCGAAAGAGCCCUCUGGAUCCUGCGAAAGAGAACCCGGGCCCUGAGAGACGAUACGAAGCAAAGGAUCGAGAUACUUGACGAGGGUCACGGGAGGGCGAUUCGGGUUUUCACCAUCGUGACGUUGUUUUUCCUGCCAUUGUCGUUCGUGACAAGCUUCUUCGGCAUGAACACGACCGAUGUCAGGGACACGAAGUAUGACCAAAGGAUCUUUUGGUCCACGGCCCUGCCUGUCACAUUUGGGGUCAUAGGGCUGGCGUUCAUGUACGGCUACAAGUGGGAUCUAGUCAGAGCAUGGUUUUCCCGUACAUUCAAGUCGACAGAACGACACGCAAACAGCUACAUGGCAGCGCAGGAGCAAAAGCUUAGCUGGGUGACCACAGUGGACCAGAAAGACCCCUGGGUGCCAGGUCGUGGCGAUCACAGUGUGAACGGCUGGAGAGAGCGAAUGUCGUUUCUCUCCGUACAACGGCGGAGGAGAAAGAACAAAGUCCCGAGAAAAAAGACUGAAGAUAGCUUGUUUCGUCCGUGA